GGCAGAGCGUUAUUCCGACAAAAGGAUGGAAAUCCAUUUAAACCAAUCCUGGAGGAUUUCUUUCUGCGCUCAGAGGUGGACUCCGGGGAGCGGAGGAGAGAUAUAAAAGCUGCGACGUGAAGCAAGGCGUUUCAAUUCGUACCCGAGAUCGCACCCGUCAGAAGAUGAACCCCAACGUUAUUUGCUCCAAGUGGCUGCUGUUCCUCUUGCUCCUGACUCACCAACAAGGGAGAGCCAAGCCGGUCCCCAAUGCGCAGGCCUUGUCAAAAUGGUUGGAGGAGGACCUGGAGUUCCCGAUGGGCUCCGAGGAAACGGAGCUGGAAGAGGACGGGGCGGAAGAGGGCCUAUUGCCAUGGUCCAGGAGCCUGCAAGAGGGGCUGCCCCUCUCCGAAAGCGCUUUCCAACGGGUCUUCGGUGACCUCCUGGGCUCUUCCCGGCGGUACAAGGGCAGGAGCAAAAAGGGCCUUUCCAGGAGCUGCUUUGGGGUCAAGCUGGACCGGAUCGGGGCUCUGAGUGGACUGGGAUGCUGAGACACACUUGGGAACGGACCCCACAUUGAAUGCAAAACCCAAGCCGUCCUUGCUCUCCUUUCACACCGAGGGGCGGAUUUCGGAAGGAUGGUCCCCAUUUUCAUCCAGUACCUCGCCAGCAUGUGAUUCAUUUAUGUGCAAAUGAUUUGUCA